CCCAAGGGGAAAAGAACGGGUCCCGCCCACGCCCGGCCCGAUCCGGAGCCGGGGCCUGCAGCGACCCGGGAGGAUAGAGGCGGGGCCGGGUGGCAAAACCGCCCCUCCCCCCUCGCAUGUAACACCGCGAUCGGCCCGAGAAAGACGGCUGAGUUCUCCCACCGCCACGCAAGUCGCGGGGGAAGGGACAGUACGAAUGCUGCCGCCCCUCCCCGCGGAAGGAUUUUUCUAAAAAACAUUCCGGAAAGCAUUUUUGCAAAAAGUCUCUACCACGAGUGGCUGUCCGUAAUGGAGAAAAGCAGCGACAGACAGAAAAUUGAAAAAAUUAAAAGGCUAUUAGACCAGCUACCAAGAGCAAACGUUGUUCUCAUACGGUACGUGUUCCUGGUGUUAAGUAAUAUCGCUGAACUCUCCGCGGCAAAUGAAAUGGAUGCUUUACACUUAGGGGUGUGUAUGGCUCCAAGUAUUAUAUGGCAUCCUUCUGCAAGCAGAGAAGAAAUGACCUCUGCAGAAAAGCUUGUGGAAUUUGUGAUUAAAAACUGCCGCAACAUCUUUGGAGGACACGUCACUGCCCUGUUUGGAGAGUCAUCCGGAAUAUAAAAUACUCAGGAUAAACCCUCAGAUACAUCUAGCUUUCCAGAGAGCAAUACUUCCUCAUGUGAGAGCUUGAAGAAAAAAGCGACUGUGCUGCUGGCCCACAGUGUGAUGAAUCAAAGAAAAUCGUCCAAUUAAAUUGAAGCAUUGACUCGCUUAUAAUGUUUCUGGACUCUGGCCUUGAUGCCCUUGAAUUCUAAAUGAGCUUCAGAGCCUCCUGUAUGACUUUUAGUUUAGGUGGACCAGCCUCCUAAAGACAAGCCGAUGGAUGUAAUAAUGUGCAGAGAUAUUCCACCACAGAAUCCUGCCAAGAUUCUGUCUGGCAGUUGUCCACAGCUGCAGCAUAUGUUAAAAAAAAAAAAUAGAAAAUGCUGUAAGCUGUCCUGUAUAAGCUCCACCUGAUCUACAAGGCUAAUUCUAUCACAUUAACAGCUGUGGCUCACCUGUAGCCCUAGCUACUUGGGAGCUGAUUUCCCAGCAGAAACUUUGUAGGACAGAUGAAGAGUUCCUAUCUUGAAUGCACUUCAACAAAUUUCUGACAGUGUAGCAUUCUUUAACCUGCAAACUACAGUUCGUAUUUGAUGGAGGAAUCAAAUCUUCUCCUGACAUGCAAAAAAAAGUGAAGCUGAAUAGCUCUAUCUUGAGAAAAUACAUCUAACUUCCAUGAAGAAAUAAAGACAGAGGAUAAAAAGUUGGAAAAGUUUGAAACUAAGCAUGAAAGUGCACAAUCAAAGUCAGGCCAUUCAACACAAUGAGGAGGAGGAAGAGGAGGAUG